GUGACGUCACCAGGGCGAGUGGCAGCAGUGUGAUCAAAAUGUGUUAUGUUACCGAAGAAGAAGAAUGUCCAGGAAGUGUUCAGCAUUUUACAGAGAUGGAAAAAGUCAUUAACUGUUUCAACAAGUGCCCCGAUGCAUCUGUACGUCUCAUCUGUUUUCCAUGGGCUGGUGGAGGGUCUAUUCACUAUGCCCGCUGGGCCAAUACUCUGAACAGAUCCAUUGAAGUGUAUUCAGUUAGAUAUCCAGGCCGAGAAGGGCGAGCCAAGGAACCUUUUUUCAGGAAUAUGCAAGAAAUCCUUGAUGAACUCAUUAGUGUGCUACUUCCACAACUUAAAGAGAAGCCAUUCGCACUCUUUGGACAUAGUUUCGGAGCUAUGGUUUGCUUUUCAUUUGCCGACCAUCUAAAAAAGGUUUAUAAUCUUGAGCCGAUUCACAUAUUUCUCUCCGGAGCCUCUGCACCAUAUUCUGAGGCAAGACUGCAGACACCUAAAACAGGUCACAUUUCAGAUCAGGAGUUUCUUUCAUGGGUAAUUUCUAUUGGAGGAACACCACCAGAGGUACUAGCCAAUGCUGAGCUUGUAAAACUCUUCUUGCCCUCGCUGAAAGCCGACAUCUGUGUAGCAGAGAACUAUAGGUGUAGCAGACCAUCAACACCUUUUUUAUCAUGUCCAGUCUCAUGCUUUGAUGGACAAGAGGACACACCCCAUGACUUACAAGCCUGGAAGAACAUGACAAGUGGUGACUUUACUGUGCAGAUGCUCCCUGGAUCUCACUUUUACCUGAAAGACAAAGCAAAUGAAAAAAUUAUACUGGACCAUAUAAAAAACCAUCUGGAGACUGCAGAGAUGCACUAUUUGUAGAAACUCAGUCCUUCAUCACAUGAAUUACUAAAAGCUCAUUCAGAUUGCUACCAUGAUGUAAAUCCAAAAUGAUUGAUGUGAUAUAGUUUUAUGUGUAACUGUAAAGUAAUUGUAUGCAAUUGUAUGCAUAGAACUGAAAUUUGAGAACAGGAAAUCAAAACUGAGAUGCUUAAAUCGUAAAGAGAAUCGAAAAGAGAUUUUUAUUAAAUAAAAUUGGAUACUUAAAUAUGAUAAAAUAAAUGCAAUUAAAUAUUA